UGGACAACUCCUAACUUAUUUAUUUAGAACUCCUUACUUAUACGGAGUAUUACUUCAAAAAAAUACUUAUACGGAGUAUUUAGUCACUGUAAAAAAAACUUAUAUCUAGUUUAGAUGAUAACUUUAUCCAUCUAUCCCACGAGUAAGAAGAACUAAAAUUGAAUCAUGGCAACGAGUUAUGGCGAUAAUUUUGGUAAGAAUUUGAUGUAUUGAAAAAGUAAUCGACGGGACGGCGGGGGUGAUUGAUUUCGUUUUGUUUCGGUUGGCUUCUUCAGGGUCAUGGCUCCCGCAGCAUCGGAUGGUUUUACCUUUAAUGAUCCUCGCAGGAUUGGGGUUUGGAAUCGGAACUGUAAUCUCUUCACAUUUACGCCUGAAAAAGAUGGAGAUGAAGGAUGAUGAUGGCUACACAGGGGAGGACCUUAUAAGUGCAAUGCCAAAUGAUAUAUUGUGCUCCAUCCUCUCACGUAUGGAUACAAAAGAUGUGGUUAGGACUAGCAUAUUGUGUCGCAGAUGGAGUAACCUCUAUCUUUUUCUGCCUUAUUAUUCUUUUAGCUGCCGAUGCUCGUUCGAGAUUCCUUUCUUUGGCCAGUGUAGUUGUACAGCUGAGAACAAGAAGAAAUUUCUGACUGUCUUGGAACAGUUUUUUAGAAUCCCUAGAGGAGCUGGCUGUGAAAAGAUUAAAUCUUUCAGCCUGUCAUUGUGUGUGAAGAGAGAUUUCAUGUGUCACAUCGACCGUUGGGUGCGUCACAUUGCUGGAUGGGGUGUGGAAGAGCUUGCAUUCAGGCUGUGUUGUCAACAGAAUACAGAACAAAUCACAUUUCCGCUUCAGAAGCUUUUAUGCAAAGCAGCAGCAGCACCGAUGCUCAAAUCUCUGCAUUUGGUCGCAUGCGUCCUGGAACCCUUCAAUCCCCAACGGCCUUUCAAGUCUCUAACAUCCCUAAGAUUGGGUUAUAUCGAAUCAGUUGAUGUGCAGGGCAUAUUGUCAUCAUGUCCGGAACUUGAGUCUCUAACAUUGGAGUAUUGCCGUCUUCCUUCUAAGGUGUUCAUUGGUGGAGGGAAACAACUGAGGUUGAAAUCAUUAACCAUUAAUGGGUGUUAUGGGGGGGUCGAGGAGAUAUCUCUUUGUGCUGAAAACCUUGUAAUCUUGGAAGUUGAAUUUCAGACAGAUUCAGCAAUGUUUUCUCACCCUACCAAUGUCCCCAAGCUCCAGCAUUUCAGCAUUUCGGUAAUUCGCCCCAUUGAUAUGAGGCACAUCAUUAGCUGGGUAGGAAAGGAUUGUCCUCAGGUUGAAUCUCUUUAUCUUGAUUUCUGGUUGGGAGACCACACUUGCUCAUAUAGUUUGCCACGUGAGGUGCCCACAUUUGGUCGUAUGAGGCAGCUUUACAUACUAAUGGAGUUCAAUGAGUUGUUUGAUGUGACCCAAGUUGCUGCUUUAAUGACUGGCUGUCCACUGCUUCAGAGAUUGCAUUUAGUGGGAAGGGGGAGAAAAGUAGUCCAUUCUUUUAUUAAGAGGAGUGUACCUCUCAGUAAUAAUAAUCUUCAUCUUCAUCUUAAAGAAGUAGAAUUUGGUGGGUUCCUUGGUUUGGAGAAUGAGUUUGCUUUGGUAUUGUAUAUCCUUAAAAGGGCUUGGUUUCUAGAGAGGAUGGUGUUAAGCAGGGAUUAUAGGUGGUAUACUGGUGCAAAUGGAAGGUGGGAGGAGAGAAAAGAUUACAUAGGGCCUACUUGGUCAGAAAAUCCACCGUAUACUGUCACGUUUGAUCACACCAAAUCACAAGCAAUCCAUCAGCGAUUGAGAGGGCAGGCUGCUUCUCCAACAGCGCAAGUGAUCGUCAUUUAGGAUAAUGUGCUCUUUCCAUUUUUCCCUUCUAACUUAUUCAGUUUAAAUUUUAAAAUUUUAAUUGUUUGGUUUGCUCUCGUGAUUAUUACCUAUGUUGUCAAAACUGGACCAAGAGGUGACACGGGUAAGGGACCGGAUCAAGGGUCAACCCGGUCAACGUUUAUAUAUAUGUGUGUGUGUGUGUGUAUUGGUUCAAAUAAGAACAAGUCUUAAUUUAAGAAUUGAGAACAAAUCUGAACCAUUCAAAAUACAACACGCUAUGUUGAGAUGAACGAAUGAGUAGAAGAGGGCAUCUUUGUAACCUUCUUUUCGUUAGUUUUUUGUAACUGUCAUUUGCAAUUAAUACAAACAUUCCAAUUUAGUAAAGGAACAAGUAGGUUCCAUAUUGUAGUUUAUUUUUCACUUUAGUUAUCUUCCCCAUUUACAUAAAUUUACACAUUCUUGGGAAGUAAAUAGUGUUAGUUCGUAGGAAAUAAAAGGAAGGAAAAUUUCUCUUACUCUUAUUUUUUCUUCUUCGUAUUAGUUUUCUAUUUAUUAAUCACUACUACAUCAAUUUAUAUUUCUUAAAUGUAAUUAUCACAAUUCAUAAUUUCUUAAUCACUACUACAUCAUUCUGUUGCAAGUUAUUGUAAACUAUCAGAAUCAUUAUCUAAUAAGCUAACAACACACCUUAUGCACAAUCUAACACUACUUGCACUAUUAUGUCAUUCAAAUGAGCAUCACACUUACUUUUACACUUUCUGCAAGUGUAAAAGUAAUUUUGCACAUUCAUAGUUUCCAUAAGUUUUACAUAUUCUACGUCUUAAUUUUGCAUAUUUUGCUCACUUAUAUGCAUUCGUACAAUUCACUUUUGCACUAUUGUGUUGUACAAAUGCAAACAACCACAUUUACGCUACUAAAUUUCAAUUUAUAUUUCCCAUUAUAGUUAUCACAAUUUAUCAUAUCUUAAUCACUACUACAUCAUUUUAGUGCACAUUAUUGCAACUACCGGAAUUCUGAUCUAUAAAAAACAGACUCCCCUUCAAGGUUAUCAAAAGCGCUCCCCCAGCGCUUAAGCGCACAAGGCGCAGCGAGCAAACCCCCCAAUGCCUGGAAAUAUGUGAAGCGCACGUUCCCGGGUAAGGCGCAGUAUAGGCGCAGGUGCGCAUCAAGCGUUGAAGCGCUAUAAGUGCACACUUGGGUCGCCUGAGCCGGAAAAGGCUGCUAGCCUUUUUUUUGUUUAAAACUUUCAAAUACAAUUAGCCCAUAUCUUUAAUUAACACUAAGCCCAUGAAAAUAUUUGGGUAAAAACAGUAAAACCUACGGUAAAACUAAGUCUAAGUGUGUAAACACGUAAAACUUGAGCAAGACACUACUGCUAUCAUCGCUAGCCAUCCUCGCUCUUCAUUCUCCUCACUCGACACUGAAGCAGCUCUAAACCAGCCAGUUCUUUAAGCUUUCAUCAUCAUCUCAAGCAAACUCAGCUCUCCCUCGCAGCAUUAAACAAGGAUAUGGAAGGUGGAACAUGUGCUGCAGUUGGUGCUGAAAUUGAAAACUCUACAAAAAAUGACGUAUUAAAGCCAUGAAUUCUGAAUUUGGAGUUUUAUUUUUGUGAAUCAUGACUUUAUUUUGGUGAAUCCUAGCUUUUUUAAGCAAUUGGUUCAAUAUGAUGUUACAUACAUCAUAUUUGGUAAUAAUAGAAUUGUAUAUGUGAUUUUAUCUAAGUAAUGCGCUUCACCCGAGUCAGGCGAGCGCCUUUUUGCGCCUUAGGCGCUGGAAGGCCCCUAGCGCUUCAGGUGCGCCUUUCGACUUUGACUACCUUGCUCCCCAC